CUGGGAGGUACCUGAGAGCCGGGGCGCCCGCGUGGUGAGUCCUUGCUUCAAGCGCCUGCCCUCACUCAGGGCUUUCCCACAUGCUGUUCCCUUGGCCUGCAACACACUUGCAGCUCCCUUCACCUGCCUAAAUCUGCCCAUCCUUCAAGUCUCGACUUAAAUGCCACUUCUUCCAGGGACACUUUCUCCCACCCUGAUUAGCGCCCCGGGAUGCCGUCUGGAGCCCGGAUGCCCCACCAGGGGGCGCCCAUGGGCCCCCCGGGCUCCCCGUACAUGGGCAGCCCCGCCGUGCGACCCGGCCUGGCCCCCGCGGGCAUGGAGCCCGCCCGCAAGCGAGCAGCGCCCCCGCCCGGCCAGAGCCAGGCCCAGAGCCAGGGCCAGCCGGUGCCCACCGCCCCCGCGCGGAGCCGCAGUGCCAAGAGGAGGAAGAUGGCUGACAAAAUCCUCCCUCAAAGGAUCCGGGAGCUGGUCCCCGAGUCCCAGGCUUAUAUGGACCUCCUGGCAUUUGAGAGGAAACUGGAUCAAACCAUCAUGCGGAAGCGGGUGGACAUCCAGGAGGCUCUAAAGAGGCCAAUGAAGCAAAAGCGGAAGCUGCGUCUUUAUAUCUCCAAUACUUUUAACCCUGCGAAGCCCGAUGCUGAAGAUUCUGAUGGCAGCAUUGCCUCCUGGGAGCUGCGGGUGGAGGGGAAGCUCCUGGAUGACCCCAGCAAGCAGAAGCGGAAGUUCUCUUCCUUCUUCAAGAGUUUGGUCAUUGAGCUGGACAAAGACCUUUAUGGCCCCGACAACCACCUAGUUGAGUGGCACCGGACACCCACCACCCAGGAGACGGACGGGUUCCAGGUGAAGAGGCCGGGGGACCUGAGUGUACGCUGCACACUGCUCCUCAUGCUGGACUACCAGCCUCCCCAAUUCAAACUGGACCCCCGCCUGGCUCGGCUGCUGGGAUUGCACACACAGAGCCGCUCAGCCAUCGUGCAGGCCCUCUGGCAGUAUGUGAAGACCAACAGGCUGCAGGACUCGCAUGACAAGGAAUACAUCAAUGGGGACAAAUACUUCCAGCAGAUUUUUGAUUGCCCGCGGCUGAAGUUUUCUGAGAUUCCCCAGCGCCUCACAGCUCUGCUAUUGCCCCCUGACCCUAUUGUCAUCAACCACGUUAUCAGCGUGGACCCGUCGGACCAGAAGAAGACGGCGUGCUACGAUAUUGACGUGGAGGUAGAGGAGCCACUGAAGGGACAGAUGAGCAGCUUCCUCCUGUCCACGGCCAACCAGCAGGAGAUCAGCGCUCUGGACAGUAAGAUCCAUGAGACGAUUGAGUCCAUAAACCAGCUCAAGAUCCAGAGGGACUUCAUGCUAAGCUUCUCCAGAGACCCCAAAGGCUACAUCCAAGACCUGCUCCGCUCCCAGAGCCGGGACCUCAAGGUGAUGACAGAUGUGGCAGGCAACCCUGAGGAGGAGCGCCGGGCUGAGUUCUACCACCAGCCCUGGUCCCAGGAAGCCGUCAGCCGCUAUUUCUACUGCAAGAUCCAGCAGCGCAGGCAGGAGCUGGAGCAGUCGCUGGUUGUGCGCAACACCUAGGAGCCCCCGUGAAUGAGCACCACUGUGGGCCUCCGCGCCCGGGGCCCUGGCCCCCCGGGGGCUCUGCCAUCACUCCCCUGACACCUUCUGGGUGAGGCAGGGGAAUGAUUAAAGGUCAUGCAUCUGA